CUGAUCAGACGCUGAAAGCAGAUUAAACGGUUAAACUGUCUCUGUGAAACUCCCAUCGGACUAAACCGCCUUCACUUUAUUUAUUUACCGGCCCAAUGACUCUUCUGUUGUCGCAAGGCGAUGGAUAGUUCAUGAAAAUGUUACUCUUCGUGUGAGAACGGAGGACCCUUUGGAGUUACAUCAUGGCAGCAUGUCUUGAUGCAGAGGACCAUUGGAUCAAGAAGAAAAUAAAGCACCUACACACUCUGGAAUUCAUUAUAGUGCCCCAAUGGUGACCUUUCACCCUGUGUGUAGCUAAAUGGAGGAGCGGGACCGCAGUCGCUCACCAUCUCGCAGGACCAGCAGAGUAGAGCAGGUGGUGGGACGCUGGCUUCGGCGCUCCAGAGAGUCCAUCAGCCGAGAGCGUGUGCUAGAAGAUGGGCAAGUUGCCGAUAAUGGCUCCCAGGAGCAGAGGAGCUGUCCAAUUAGAGUCACUGUUAAGAUCCCCCUUGACCCCACCCUUAACUCCCAUGGCUUUACAGUCUCAACACACACUCCACCGCAGGUGCUGGACGUGACAGAAGGUGGCCCUGCUGAUGGAAAGCUUGUCCCUGGUGACCAGCUUUUUAAAAUUAACAAUGUUGCUGUCGAUGAUCUAUCUACAGAGCAGGCUGCUGACAUCAUCAGAGAAUGUCAGAACACCAUAAUACUGACUGUCCUGAGAAAUACUGUGGGGCCAAAGUCGUCCUUCAUAACUCCAGAGAAGAGAGCCAAGCUGAAGUCGAACCCAGUUAAAGUGAGGUUCGCAGAGGAGGUGGUGGUCAAUGGUCAUUCACAGGGUAACUCUCUGCUGUUCCUGCCAAAUGUUCUGAAGGUCUAUCUGGAGAAUGGCCAAACGAAAGCUUUUAAAUUUGAAUCUAAAACCACUGUCAAGGACAUAGUGAUGACUCUGAAGGAGAAACUCUCGAUCAGCCGUAUUGAACACUUCUCUCUGGUGCUGGAACAACAAUACAGCAUCAGCAAACUGUUUCUCCUGCACGAGGAAGAGAUUAUUCAAAAGGUGGUUGAAAAGAAGGAGACUCAUGACUACAGAUGUCUGUUCCGUGUUUGCUUUCUACCUAGAGACUUUACAAGCAUGCUCAAAGAAGAUCCUGUGGCCUUUGAGUAUCUAUACUUACAGAGUGUAAGUGAUGUAUUGCAGGAAAGGUUUGCAGUGGAGAUGAAAUGUAAUACUGCUCUCAGACUGGCUGCUCUACAUGUUCAGGAAAAACUAGCCAGCAGUGGACAAUCCCUUAAAACACCACUGAAAGCCAUCAUGAAGGAGUGGGGUAUUGAGAGCUUUGUGUCCCACACCUUACUGCGAAACAUGAGAGAGAAGGACUUGAAGAAAGCCAUCAGUUACCACAUGAAAAAGAUUCUGUCUCAGGAGCCCAAACAAAAGGUGAUCUCAGUGGAUCAAGCUAGACUGAACUACAUGAAUGAGAUGUCUGAAGUCAAGUCCUAUGGAGGAAAGGCUUUUAGUGCCACUAUGAUGCUGCAGGACAGGGAGUCAGUCGUGAGUUUGUUGGUGGGAGCUCAGUAUGGGGUCAGUCAGGUGAUCAACCACAAGCUGAGCAUCAUGACCACCCUAACUGAAUUUAGCUCUAUUACCAGAGUGGAAAUAUUACCUGAGUCUGACAGAGUUAGUCUGGUCAAGAUCUACCUGCAGGAUAUAAAGCCAAUAACCUUGCUGAUGGAGUCAGUGGCAGCUAAAGAUUUAUUGUGUCUAGUCGCUGGAUACUGUAGACUUCUUGUGGACCCCCAGAUCAGUGUGUUCCCCUGGUCCGAUAAUUCAAAGAGCCACCGCAUAUCAGCAGAGGAAGGUUAUGUGUCACACUGUGGCAGUGACUCUGACGACUCGGACACAGAUGUGGAUGCUCUCCUUGCUCAUGUUGCUAGCACUGCCAAAAGCAACAACACAGCAGAUAAACCCAAUGAUAAGCUACCAGAAGAAACCGAAAAAGCACAAAGCCACAUGGAAAAAGAUGAAGAGGUGGAGAAGGAAGUAGGCAAAAAAGAGGAAGUGGUUGAGAAGAAGGAAAGGGAGGAGGACAAAGAAACCAGCCAUCAGUCUAUAAAUGGUAAUAAUGGAAAGACAGUAGAAAUAGAUGAUGAGAGUGUGGGCACAGAAAAAGAAGACGAAGGGCAAGAGAAAAACCCUGAACAACCUCAGUGGGUCAUCGUUGUCGAUGACCCAUCAUCUGAAACAUCUGAUUCAUACCAAACUGAGUCACAGUUCAUGACCAGCAUGUCGAGUGACUCUAUAGAUGCCCUGGAGGAGGACGACCUUAUGACCUACUUUUCAACCAGACGCCCAUGCCAUUUACCAGUGAAAAAUUCUUACUCCUGUGAAGAUCGCUAUUCACCGUCAUUGUCUCCACGACAUCCGUGCAGCAAAGAUUCUCACUCCCAAAGUGACAUGUGCUCUACUGAUUCCCAUUGUGAACCUGAUAUAGACCAAUUCUUUUGCUCUCCUGCACUCUCAAAUAUUGCUGAAUGUCUACCUAGUCCCCCUGCAGCCAGUGAAGAGGAGGACUGUGAGGAGUUGGGAAUAGAGGAUGAGAAAUAUGAAAAGGAGUCACCUGGAAAAUGUCCUGAAAGCACCCCACCUCCACCUGUGGACUAUGUGUUCACAUUUGAACAAGGAGACACUAGACACUAUUACAAUAUCUGCACCAAUGUUACCCCAGACAGUGCCCGGAUCCUUCCACAACCCCUAUCUCCUUCAGGUCCAAUGGAAACACAACCAGAUCAGGAAAGAGGGGAAGCAAAUCAGACAGAAACAGUGCCAAUUUUUCAACCCCCACCAGGGUUUGGAGACAGCAGUUCAGAUGACGAGUUCUUUGACGCUCAGGAAAGAUUCACACCAGCUGAAAAACCCUGCUCAACUUCCUUAGCUAGAGAAAAUUCCAAAGAGUCAAGCAACAUACAAGUACAUAAGCACCCAAGCCGGAGGGAGAAGAAACAAAAGGAGCAAGAUAAAAUGGUUACACAAGUUGAAUUGUCAAAUUUCAACAAAAGAUCCAAAAAGCGUCGCUCAUUCAUGGAAACAAGUUACACAUCCCUGGUAUCAUUCCCGGAACAGGAUCAUUUAGAAAACAGCUAUGGAAAUAGCAUCCUAAACUACUCAAUUAACCAAGGUGCUGGCCGAAUGACGUGCUUUGAAGGCGGAUGCUCAGAUCAAGGUCCAUGUCCAACAGUCUCAUCCCUCACUCAUUCUGAAGGAGAACCAGCUCAACUGGAAUCCAAACCCAUCAAACCGUCCAAAGUCAAUGGAUCAGGACCACAUAGUCCCACUGUUACACAAGUGGGAUCACACACAAACAAAUCAUAUCAGCGGAAACAGCAACUUAUAGAGAUGGAACCAGAUUCCAUGGAGUUCAAAUCAGUCAAUGAACUAAUGUCUAUUGCAUCGCCAGCUAUAGUAGCAGUACGCUCCCGCAUAAACCUACAGGAUAAAGUAAGCACCAGUAACCAUAGCAGAGAUGAUCAAGAAGAGGGUGCAGUGGGAGGUCCAGUUGAGAGACUGUUUGGAGACCACCUGUUCUUUGAUAUGUCUAAAGGACAGUGUGAUAGCAGUGUUUUAUUUGGUCAAAGAGAUGAUAAGGUAACCAAACAAACGGAAGAUUUUUUCCAGGGCAGUUCAGUGACUCAAAAGAGCAGCUCACUGCCAAGACUAGGCCAGAUAUCCCCAUCAAGUUUAUCCUACUUCCAUGUCCCGAGUAUAUCAUACACCACAAGCCCUGAUGUAGACAGAGUGAACAGUUUUGUACAUCUAAAAUGUGGGAUGGGAAAGCACUCAGUGGAACCAGCAGAGAGGACCAGGAGUCAGAGUAUGUCUGGAUCCCUUGGUAGUGGUCCAUCAAGGCACUUAUUUUCCCAGCGAGUCAGAGAACCAGAAUCUGAAGAAACUGACAAUAUUUGUGACACUUCACUCCAAGAAUUGUCUUCUGGUGUUCUGUCUUAUAACCCAGCCCAAAGGUUCCUUCUUACACCCUGUUCGUCCGGCAUCCUUGGGCGACUCUCUUCCUCAACAUUGCGGGGAAAGAUCCAGAACCUUCCCCUCUACUUGUCACGUUCCCAGGAAAUGCUCAAUGGCAGUUCUAAUGGCAACGGCAGUGUUAAACCUGUGAGAAGACUUUCAGAAACACAACUACAAAAAUAUGAAGUUGAACUAGCAAAAGAGGCAACUGAGGAUGCAACGUUGAAUGAAGGUUCUCCUGAAGUUACAGAGGUAAAAGUGGUUACCAUAGUAUCUGAAGAGGUCACUGAGGUCAUCGAGGAGGUAAGAGAGGUCAGCCACAUUGGCCUCAAAGCAUGUGGACAGCUGAAAACCAAAACUAAACCUAAAGAGUUUUCUGAAAUGUGCUCCAGGGCAAACAACUCUCUCCAAUUCAGCCCCUCGUCCGUAGAAGUUACAACACAGAACUUAAAUGGACUUUGGGGCGUGGUAACAUCUAGUGGGUUACAAGAAUGUAGCCAUCCACCCUCAAGCACAACACCCCAUAACUUUAACUCUAGCUGUGGGGUUUUCAAAAACUGCCAGUCCAAACCUACCAUAGCCCAGCCAAAAUCCUUGCUCAGCCCAAAUCAACAUGAGAAGCCAGACCUUAGUUGCAGCUCAGUCCUGGCUAUGGGGUGUGACACUGUAAUGGAAGGUGCUCAGACACCUUUAGAGGUCUGCCAUACAGUAUACACAAACUGUUUCAGUGGAGUUCUUGACAGCGCCAGCUUUGACGAUGAACUCACUGUAUAUGAGUUUUCGCGCAGAACGAGCCAGGGUGAAACGGGGGAUGCUGUGCAGACAUCUGUCCCUCUGUCCUCCCUCUCUCCAUCACCUGCAUCUUUCUCUCCAUCUUCUCCAUUGCCCUCAUUUCCACCUCUAGUACUGCCUGCAUCGUCCUCUACAGAGCUCAGUCCCCUUCUGUCUCCAUUAAAUGCUCCUGACUGCUUCAUUUCGCACCCUCAUGAAGAUAUCAUCACUUCGCUGCUGACUCGUCGAUAUCCCCUACCACCAACAGGAUUCCUUUCUUUGCAAAGGGAUGUGGAUACCCUCUUAAAUGUUCUUGCUGGCGCUAUGAAAAACCAAGAUGGGGUCCACAAGCACCCCAGGGAUGCCUGUGUGGCUCACUUUUCAGAGAACAAAAGACGAUUACAUGCAGAGGCUCGGAGGCUUUUAGCUGGAUGCCAACGCGUAGUCAGAGUUGGGCAAACGCCAGAGGAAACACUUCAAUCAUUGUCUGAAAGCUUCCGCUCACUAGUACAGCUGACAAGUGUAUGUAUAUGUUUCUCUAACUGUCAGCGAUGCAGGGAGCGCCAUGCCCAAGCGCUUACAGGACUAGCAAGUGUUGCAAAAACGUAUCUGGACUUUGCUCGGGCAGCAGAGCUAGUGGGAAGUGCUAGCGAAAGAAAGACUUGUCAUGAUCUCAGUAUUAAACUUCUGGCUCGCCAGUGUACUGCACUAACAACCUCAGUCUUCUGCCUCACCCAGCUCUUUCGCACUCUCACUGCCCUUUAGUGAUGUCAAAAGUACCGAUGUCUGUACUGAAAUGUAAAAAAUUGUGAUGAUAUAAUUUUUUCCGCUAGUAUUUUGAGCACCGUUGUGUGGAUUCGCAAACAGGUUUGAUUGGCCAUUGUGUUCACAUGCUCAACAGAUAUGUCCGUGAUUGGCUACAGUUAUCAUUACCUCAUGCUCUGCAUCGAACGCUUACACAGAUACACACAGGAGCGUUUAAAAGCCAUGUCUAUCAGCGGAUCCCUAUAUCUGCUCAAAGAUGGAUCCACUGAACGACAUGGCUUUCAAAUGCUCCCACGUGUAUCUGUGUAAGCGCUCGUUAAAGAGCAUGACUCAAAGAUCAUUGUAGCAGACAUAUCUGUUGACCAGGUGAACAGAAUCCACAUAACAGCGCUCAAUGUUAGCAAGAAAUAAAUUUCAGUUCCAACAGGAACCGACAUUGUUACUUUUGACAACUCUACUGCCCUUUGCCCAUUCAACAGUUACAUUGAGUAUUUUCUCUUCCCCACAAAAACGGUGGGAAACCUGUGAGAACAACUCAGAUAGACCUGGGGCCUGUUCCAUAAAACAAGUUUACCAAAUAAACCAGGCUUGUUUUACUUAGUCAAACUUAUUUUGAACCAAAUCAACUGGCAAGUCAGACUAACUGAAAAAAGCCUGGCUUAUUUGGAAAACUUGUUUUAUGGAACAGCCUCCUGUUGUGGUAAAGAACAUCAACACUGAGGCAGUGUCCAAGCCAUACCAGUAAUAAGCGUGCACUAUACACUCACACAUAUACAUGCACUGAAAUAUAAAACCUGCCAUUUUGAUUAGCCUGUAAUGAGAACUAUACUGAGGCCAGAAUUUCUAAAUAGUUUUACAGUAUUUAUAGGUUGGGUGUAAGUUUAGGUUUAUAAUUGAAGAAUAAGUUUAGUAUUGAAUGUAAUUCUAAACCAUAAUUGUAUUUGUUCUAUGGUUGUCAGUAAUUUAUUCUGCUUCAUGAGGAAAGCAUAGACAGGGAUUUUGCAUAAUGUAUCUUCCAACAUUCUCUGCUUCUUUUGUCAUAUUUGCUAUCUUUUGCUUGCUUUCUUACUACCAGUGUUAUGCACAUACAGUAUAUUAUCUUCUCUCUGCUAUACCUAUUGUCUAUUAGGGAAUGUUAUAAAAAAAAAAAAAAAUCUUUCUGCAAUAAUCACCUGGGUUAUAAAUGUUUACUAAAUACAAACAUCUUUUACUUGAGUUGCCAGUAAUGUUAUUAUGUGUUCCUUUUGAAGAAUAUACCAAAGCCUAUGGAUGAAUGAGUUUGCAGUGAAUGCAGAUUCAUUCAAAAAAUUUUACAUUGACUUUUGCACAUUCUUUACAAUUAUGACUUCAGGAAUUGGGGUUUAUUUAGAUAAUUAGAUUAUUUUGUGGGAAAUUUUUUGCUAGUGUGGAUUUAUUUUACACUGAUGAGUUAUCACCGUUUUAAGAAUAUAAUUUUCAGGAAUUCACAAAACACUGUUCACAUAAUUAUACAACAAUUAUAUAAAAAUGCAUAAUUCAUGAAAAUGUUUCAAAGGCAACAUGGAAAAUUACAAAUCUGAGUUUGACAAAAUAUCAAAUUACUAAAUUAACUGCAAAGUAAUUUACCUACCAGUAAUUGUCUGAAUAUUAAAAAGCUGCCAUCCACUCUCUUCCUAUAAGGCAUGCUUUGUAAGCCAUAGACAUACUGUAUCCUUGGAAAUAACGUAGUAGUAGAAAAAGUAAAAAGGAAUGCAUGAUUGAAAGAAUUACCAGUGAGUGAAUGAAUGAUUCCAGCAAUGAAAACUGGCUUUGUAAUGCAGUAAUCACCCAAUUAAAAUGACAUCUAAAUGA